UAUAUAUAUAUAUAUAUAUAUAUAUAUAUAUAUAUAGUUAAUGUAUGUUAAUCUAACAAAGUAAAGAUUUAAAAAUAUUUUGUAGUUAUUGUAAUUUUAUUAAGAUUUUUAUAAUGCAGGUUGCCCAGAAUAAACUACGAAUUUUAGCAAUUCAUGGAUAUCACCAAUCUGACAUAAUUUUUAAAGGGAAAUUAGGUUCAUUGCGUAAGGGCUUUAAAAAAGAAUUGGAUUUUACAUUUGUAAAAGCACCUCAUAAAAUUCCAAAUCAAAAUGAAUUUAAUACGGAUGCAGAAGAAAGUGGCUAUGGUUGGUGGUUUAAUACCGAAGAUUGUGUAUUCAAAGCAACCGUACAAAGCAAUCAUUGUGUUGGCUUUGAAGAUAGUUUAGAUGUGAUUAUAAAAACAUGCCAAGAACAUGGUCCAUUUGAUGGGAUUCUUGGUUUUUCUCAGGGUGCAGCCUUUGCUGUUAUUUUAUGUAUUAUGCAACAAAGAAAGAUAUGUCCAUUUAAAUUUAAUUUCGCCAUUAUUAUAUCAGGAUUUAUAUCAUUGUGCGCACCACAUGCCAAAUAUUAUAACGAAAUAAUAGAAAUGCCUUCAUUGCAUGUUUAUGGAUUGAACGAUAAAGUCAUUCCAACUGAUAUGACUGAAAAAGUAUGUGAUUUAUUUAAAGACUGCAGUAAAAUUACACAUGAAGGUGGACAUUAUAUACCUAGCAACAAAAAUGUUUACAAAGCUUUCAUUAUGGAAAUGAUGGAAAGAAAAUUGCAUGAAUAAAAUUUCGCAUGAUAAUUAAUCAAUUUGUUGACAAAUAUAAUAAUUUAAUUAUAUGUAUGAAAUUGUAUUUAUAAGCAGAACAUAGUGUUAUUGUUCAUACAAUAUACAGUAUGCAUUUACAUCAUAAGCUUUAAAAGAAUUAGAAAAAGAUGUUGAUAUAGUAAUAUUAGCAAAUUUAUUAAAACUUACAUAAAACAUUUCCUAUCUGUACAAAAUGAAAAUAAACACAAUUUCAUAGUAUUAUAAGCAAGAUUUAGCUAACUACAAUUAUAUUUUUUAAUAAUGACAUAUAUAAGACAAAAAAAAGUUUUUUUUGUUAAUAAAAUUAAAGUAAAUUCAUGAAAGUUCUUUUACAUAUAAAAUGUAAUGUAUUAAAUUAUUUAUGAUAUAUCAAAUAAUACCGGAAGGCAAAACAUUAUGGAGUAUUAAUUUUACUAUUAGUUGUAUAAAGUUUAUGAAGCCAUAUACGAUUUUUGUGAUAUCUUAUGAAAUUUACGAAAUAUGUUCUUAUGAAUUAUAAACAUCACUAUAUGUUAUCUUAAAAUACUAUAGUUAUGUGUAUAGUAAUAAUUAUGUUAUAUGUAACUUAUAAAGUACAUUGUAUAUUUUGUGAGAACAACCUUUUAUGGCUUAAUUUACUUUACAAUUCUUGGAAAAUGCAAUUUGUAAUUUUUGUAAACAAUGUAAUACAAAAUAACAUAACUCAUUUACAAAUA